AUGGACAUUCAUCACACCUAUGCACCCCAUCAAGGAGGCUUCUAUGAGAGGAUGGUUGGCAGUGUGAAAUCAGCACUUAAGAAAGCUAUAUUCAAGAAGAGGAUUAAUUCUGAUGAACUGAAUACCAUUGUCACUGAGAUAGAGCGUCGUAUUAACAAUAGACCUCUUACAUAUGACGAUGCUACAUCUCCAGAUACCGUCGAUGCCCUUACCCCUUCCCACCUGUUGUGUGGCUACCGGUUAAACUCGUUACCCACUACCAUAGACCGGGACUACCUGAAUGACCCAGAUUUUGAGCUUGACCACAAAACAAUGUAA